UCCUCCUCUUCUUACUUCUUUUUCUCCUACUUCUCCUCUUUCUUCUUUCUUCUCUUCUUUUUCUUCUUCUUCUUCUUCUUCUUCUUCUUCUUCUUCUUCUUCCUCCUCCUCCAGCUCCUCCCCCACCCCCUGCCCCAUUGAUGUGUUAUUACUGGGGGGGCUGGGGCAGUAAAAAAAGAAGAAGGAAAAAAAGAGCGGGUCUCGGCUGGGAGAGGUUGAGCGCGGAGCUGACCGGCAUCGGCGGCGAUGGAAGAACUUACGGCGUUCGUCUCUAAGUCUUUUGACCAGAAAGUGAAGGAGAAGAAGGAGGCGAUCACGUACCGGGAGGUGCUGGAGAGCGGGCCGCUGCGCGGGACCAAGGAGCCGACGGGCUGCACCGAUCCCGGCCGCGACGACCGCAGCAGCCCAGCAGUCCGGGCGGCCGGCGGAGGCGGCGGCGGAGGAGGAGGCGGAGGCGGAGGCGGAGGAGGCGGAGGAGGUGCAGGAGGAGGAGGAGGAGCAGGCGGAGGAGCUGGAGGAGGGCGCUCUCCCGUCCGGGAGCUGGACAUGGGCGCCGCUGAGAGAAGCAGGGAGCCGGGCAGCCCGCGGCUCACCGAGGUGUCCCCAGAGCUGAAGGAUCGCAAAGAGGAUGCGAAAGGGAUGGAGGACGAAGGCCAGACCAAAAUCAAGCAGAGGCGAAGUCGGACCAAUUUUACUCUGGAACAACUCAACGAACUGGAGAGGCUUUUUGAUGAGACCCACUACCCGGACGCUUUCAUGCGCGAGGAACUGAGCCAACGGCUGGGGCUGUCCGAAGCCCGAGUGCAGGUUUGGUUUCAGAAUCGAAGAGCUAAAUGCAGAAAACAGGAAAAUCAACUCCAUAAAGGUGUUCUCAUAGGGGCUGCCAGCCAGUUUGAAGCUUGUAGAGUUGCACCUUAUGUCAACGUAGGGGCUUUAAGGAUGCCAUUUCAGCAGGAUAGUCAUUGCAACGUGACGCCCUUGUCCUUUCAGGUUCAGGCGCAGCUGCAGCUGGACAGCGCCGUGGCGCACGCGCACCACCACCUGCACCCGCACCUGGCCGCGCACGCGCCCUACAUGAUGUUCCCGGCGCCGCCCUUCGGACUGCCGCUGGCCACGCUGGCCGCUGACUCAGCCUCCGCCGCCUCCGUGGUGGCUGCCGCCGCCGCCGCCAAGACCACCAGCAAGAACUCCAGCAUCGCCGAUCUCAGACUGAAAGCCAAAAAGCAUGCUGCCGCCCUGGGUCUGUGACGCCAACGCCAGCGCCAACGUCGCGCCUUCAGCGCGGCGUGCACCCUGCACACCCUCCGCGCCUCGCUGCUUUUCCGUUUAUCCCCCACAGAUCUCCGGAACCUACCCUCUUCCCGCCCCGCUGAUCGCCCUUUGCCCCUCUCCACAACCUGGACUUGGAGGGCGAGACUCCGCGCGGGACCCUCGAUCCCACUAGGCGCAGCAGCUCCGUUGCUCCUGACCAUUCACUUACCCAAGGGCAUAGAAUUCGGCUUCGUAGGGGCAAGUUUUCGGGAAGUCUGGAGAGAGACUGAACAAGGGAACGCUAGGACAGCGGAGUGUGGCUCAAGGCAAAGCUGCAACGAUGGAUUCUUGAGUAGAAAUAAAAAUCCUGUUAAUAAAAAAUGAAAAAAAAAAAAAAAAAA